GACGUAUUUGAAUUUAUUUAUUCUGCCGAGUUGGAGGGAUUGUUGAAAUGGCCACCAAUCUCGAUAUGAGUUUCAACAAUGGUUCGUUGCAGCAAGAUUUCUCAUGGACUUUUCCCGAGGAAUCCGGUUAAUUAUGGUACUGGACAGUUGGAAUUGGAACAUGGCGCUCUCGAUCAAUUAGCAUCAUAUAUACCUUCAUGGCCCUUACCGCCUACCAGUCCUUAUGUGCCUAUCCGGCAUUUAUUACCUUACAAUGAUACACCUACUGUGCCUUCAACUACCACAGCUCAUGCGAAUCCAUCUAUGGUUAAGCCUAUGUUACCUCCAUCUAACGUCACUGCUAGACCUGCUCCCGAGGAACACUCUGCAGAAAAGUGGGAGCGCCAGAGAGUAACUUUUACUCAACUUUACACAACUGAAGACAAGCCUCUCAAGGAGGUGAUGAAAAUCAUGGAAAAUGAAUAUGGAUUCCGUGCGACGUCACGACAAUACAAGCGACGAAUUGAACAGUGGAAGCUGGACAAGAACAUCAAGGAAAAUGAUAUGAGAGUUAUUUUACGCAAAGACUCGAAGAGGAAACGCGAAGGAAAAAACAGCGAGUUCCGCAUAAGUGGCCGGGAAAUUGAACCAAAGAAGAUUCAACGCUUCGCGCAGAGAUAUAAAGUGACUGAGGAGUCAAUCCUUGAGUUCAAUGUUGAAACUCCUUGCUAUAUUGAUUGCGAUACUCCGGCACCGGCAAUCUCGGAUGAAGACAUACGGCAUCAUGUAGUAGAAGUCAACAUACCAGACUCGACAAUACUUUCUCCACCAGCGGUCGAGUCAGACCAGGACCGAGAGGCUCAGAUAGUCAAUAAAAGAAAAAUGUACAUUCGGGAACGUGGUGUUGCCGUUCCCAUUGAUUCUAUAUUUGAUCUCUCUGUCUUCAAGUAUUCUCCUAAACUAGAUGAUUUAUCGGACAAAAGGUUUAGGCAGCUUAUCAUCUCGAAAGUAGAACGAUACUAUGGUAGAGUUCACCGCAAAUCUUCCCUUCUCGACCACCCCCGCAUACACAAUUUCGCCCCGUCUUGCAACUCUCAUCACUCGUGUGACUAUUUCCACCUAGGAGGUAUCAAUCAAAUCCCACGAAGUCUUUUUUUACUUGCAUUGUAUCUUUUCGAGCUGUUACACAUCUGUGUCGGGUCUGAAAGGGAAUACCUCUACGGAGUGUGCGAUGGUGACACUUUUGAGUACAUGCUGUGUUGUAGCAUUACAUACCACUGUACAGAUCGAGGCUUAGGAAUGGAAGAGUAUCCGCCACAGAAACUUUUUGCUGUAUCAGCCAUAGUCGUACAUAUCCUACCUUACAUGGUGUUCCGCGAUUGUAGUUUGCCUAUGGAGACUAUCAAUUGGCUAAAUUGUAUUACUACGGACUUGCUUAAAGUAAGCAAGUUUCGUGUCGAUGAUUGGGAUGAUUUUGUGGGAAGAACGGAAAGGAAAGUGAAAGCUUUGGAUGAUCUAGAAGGAUCGCAUGACGAUGUAAGAGUUGUGUUAUAAAGGCCAUGCUAUCGUUCUUCAAGGAUCAUAAUCUUUGAAUCAUACGGUGUUUAGCAAACAGAUAUUUUAAAACAAAAAAUCUGGAUACUUAUUGGGACAAAAUUUACGUCUUCAUGCAAAAAGAAGGGCGGGUGUGAAGGAAUGGGGGAAAUUCAGGCACGCAUUCCGACAAAAGCUUAACUGAUUAUUGAGACGUUCGAACAUAUGUUUUCACCAUCUUCUUAGGGGAGUAACAUGGUCAUGUGCAUUUUGAACAUAGGUUGAAACAGGGAAUGAAAUUUUGCGCUCGAUGAAAUAGAUUUCGAAGUAAGAAAGAUUGUUGUGAUUUUAUGGCAUUAAACUUCAGUACUUAUAGGCAAGGGAUUUCUUUUUUGAGGGGAGGGGUAUGACUUCAGAAUGGGAUGGAGACAUCUGUUUCCAUUGGCAAAGCGAGUGGGAGUUCGUUGCGAAACAGUGAAGGACGGAUGGAGAGAGGGGACAAGAAGUAGGGAGUUCUUUGUAUCUGUAUUACACUUAAUUUUUGUCAUCAUUGAAGAUACUAAGACAUGUAUGUCUAUCCUCAGCCAUCUCAUUUUGUAGUUUCCUUCCGCUCAUCAUCUUCCCUGCACCCUUUUUCUAAACCACUUCCUUCCCCGUGACUGCAUCUUCUUCACUCGAUCAAAAGCUUUAAGUAUUAUUUUUCCUCUCUUCUCUAUCACAUCAAUAUCUUUUCUGAUAGCUUUUAAAAGAGAGAAAACCCCUCAUCGUUUGUAUUGCAUUUUCAGAAUCUCAUCCUUUCGUUUCGCUUCCUUACACAUCUCGCUUUUUCCCCGCCUUUUACUUUCACGGUUUCCUCUUCGUUCAACCAAAAAGCCCGAAACCCCUCGGUGUUUACAAUCCAUCUUUUAUUCAGUACUUAUCACGACGUGAGCCAUGCAU